AUGAAGCCCCGUGAUCCCCCGCGCCCCGGGUGGCCAAGGAGGGCCCCUCCCCCAGCCCGACUCCGGAGGAGCGGCGACGGCGGGGCCGGGGGGUCCCGGGUCCCCUGUCCUUGGUGCCAAGUGGUCUCGGUGACGCGAGAGGCAACCCCGGAGAAAUCAGAGCGGCCCCUCUGCUUCCCACAGAAACGCUUCUCCCUGCGGGUGGGGCCCCCGGCCCGCGCCCCCCGCCCACGAGCUCACCUUCUGUCGCCAGAGCUCUCCCCCAGCCCCCCGCCCCCCAAGCUCGGAGGCCCAUUGGGAGCAGUCGGCGGCUCGCCUCAGUUAAAGAGCAGCGUCGAUCUGCCCUGUUUAUGGCCGGGCUGGGCCCAGGGCCCCGAUUGUGACGUUGGGGGACGGCUGGGGCCCGGGGAGAGAGCCUUGGAGGCCUGGGCGGCCGUAGCCAUGGGGCCCGAGGCCUUUCCCUCCUUCGAUCCCAGCAGCCCCGGCCAUGGAGUACAAGCUGCUCUGGCCGAGAGCCCCGCCCGGGGCCCGCACUUGGAAGCGAGUCCCUCCGAGCUUAGCCAGGCUGGGCCGCGGAUGAUCGGCGACGGACGGGCCCGGUUCCGUCGAGUGCUGACGGGACCGACCGUCCAGAGAGGGGGCCUGGACUCCUCAGCGCUUCCCCCUCCUCUCUCCUCCCCCCUGGGCCCCGCUUGGCGCCCGUGCUCAGUGCGGCCUCCAGAAGCCAGGCUGCCACCGGACAUGGGCGGGGAGAUCCCCAGAACCGGCUCCUCGGCCUCGGGUCCUCGUCCGGAGCACGGGGCAUCAAACCCAGAGCGAUCCGGGAAGUCGUCCGUGGGCUCGGUGCGUAAACGCAGCCCCCCCGGAGCAACCAGCAGCAGCUACCCUGUCAACAAACCUCAGCCAAAUGAGCUGCACGGGCAGCGGGCAGCGGGCAACGGGCAGCCUGCACCUAAUCCUGCCUCCCCGUGA